AUGACCCCGCCAAAGACACCUUUGUACUGCCCCAUGUGUGAGAACCGCUAUAUGUAUUUGGGGAAGCACUUAAAGAAUCACCACGUCAAGAACCUGCAGUUGAUAAAGGACCUGCAGGCUCUGCGUAAAACGCUCAGUUACCACAUCAGAUGGUCUAAAAAGGUCAUCAAGCAGAGGCCCUCAGAGGUGGAGAUUGAGGCUGUUGAUGCUCCCUUGCCUGAAGCCCCUGAUGAUGAGGCUGAUGAGGAUGAAAUGGAGUCCAGGCCAGGCCCGCGGUCAGCAAAACCUGACAAGCCCAGGCCCACCACACUGGCUGUGUUCAGCGAGUUCCCCAAUUUCCCGCAAUCAAUCAUCGAAUACCUGGAUGACUACUGGAUGCACCUCAAGGGCUCCUGUGGAACCAAAAAGCAUGAGGAGAACCAGAAGUCCAAAGUCCGCCGGAUCAUGCUCUUCUUGGCUUUCCUUACAGAAGGUCAAACUAUGCUGCAGAACUGGAUGUUCCUCCCCAACAUUAGGAGGAUACAUCAGUGGCCCGAUUAUCUCCUCAAUGAGGGGAAGGCUGUCACUACCAUAAAGGCAUACCUGGUCAACACCUCCGAGUUCCUGGCGUACUUCAGGGACACACCGCCCUCAGCAUCCAGGGUCCCGAAAACCUCCCUGGUGGCAGUGAUCAGGGCGAUCUCUUCUGCCAUCUCCAAGCUUGGCAGGCGUGUGGUGAUCCGCCAGAUUAAAAUAAAGAAGCGGAAGAUGAGCACCGCUAUUUCCAGGCGGUACCUCCACACCUGCCAGGUCACGGCAAGGGAGAGAAUCCCUGACAUUCUUGAUCAGCUGUCCGCGGACCCCAGUCCUAAAAACCGCAGGAAGUUCUUCGGGUACGUGAGUGUGUACCUGGCCAGCUUGUAUGGGCACAGGACAGGUGUCCUGCGAAACAUGACUGUGUCCGAGGUGGAUGAGGCUCAGCAGGAUGCGAAACCGGGUGAUGACGGUUUUGUCAUCAAUGUGAAAGAGCACAAAACGAACCGUGCCUUCGGUCCGGCACAGCUGUUUUCUCACGAUGGAGGAGUUUGGGUGGUUUGA